CGCGAUACCUCCACUACACGUAUACAUAUACACUUUCCCUGGUAUUUCCAUUCACAUUCCACCAACAUUCCAUUUACAAACAUUCACCUAACAUACAUUUAACAUAAUCAGAAUCAUGGGCAAAGGAGGGGACGCUCGGGCCUCGAAGGGCUCAACGGCGGCUCGCAAGAUCAGUUGGCAGGAAGUCAAGACCCACGCGUCUCCGGAAGACGCCUGGAUCAUUCACUCCAACAAGGUCUACGACGUGUCCAACUGGCACGAACAUCCCGGGGGCGCCGUCAUUUUCACGCACGCCGGAGACGACAUGACGGACAUUUUCGCAGCCUUUCACGCACCCGGAUCGCAGUCGCUCAUGAAGAAGUUCUACAUUGGCGAAUUGCUGCCGGAAACCACCGGCAAGGAGCCGCAGCAAAUCGCCUUUGAAAAGGGCUACCGCGAUCUGCGCUCCAAACUCAUCAUGAUGGGCAUGUUCAAGUCCAACAAGUGGUUCUACGUCUACAAGUGCCUCAGCAACAUGGCUAUUUGGGCCGCCGCCUGUGCUCUCGUCUUUUACUCGGACCGCUUCUGGGUACACCUGGCCAGCGCCGUCAUGCUGGGAACAUUCUUUCAGCAGUCGGGAUGGUUGGCACACGACUUUCUGCACCACCAGGUCUUCACCAAGCGCAAACACGGGGAUCUCGGAGGACUCUUUUGGGGGAACCUCAUGCAGGGUUACUCCGUACAAUGGUGGAAAAACAAGCACAACGGACACCACGCCGUCCCCAACCUCCACUGCUCCUCCGCAGUCGCGCAAGAUGGGGACCCGGACAUCGAUACCAUGCCCCUUCUCGCUUGGUCCGUCCAGCAAGCCCAGUCUUACCGGGAACUCCAAGCCGACGGCAAGGAUUCGGGUUUGGUCAAGUUCAUGAUCCGUAACCAAUCCUACUUUUACUUUCCCAUCUUGUUGCUCGCCCGCCUGUCGUGGUUGAACGAGUCCUUCAAGUGCGCCUUUGGGCUCGGAGCUGCGUCGGAGAACGCUGCUCUCGAACUCAAGGCCAAGGGUCUCCAGUACCCCCUUUUGGAAAAGGCUGGCAUCCUGCUGCACUACGCUUGGAUGCUUACCGUUUCGUCCGGCUUUGGACGCUUCUCGUUCGCGUACACCGCGUUUUACUUUCUCACCGCGACCGCGUCCUGUGGAUUCUUGCUCGCCAUUGUCUUUGGCCUCGGCCACAACGGCAUGGCCACCUACAAUGCCGACGCCCGUCCGGAUUUCUGGAAGCUCCAAGUCACCACGACUCGCAACGUCACGGGCGGACACGGUUUCCCCCAAGCCUUUGUCGACUGGUUCUGUGGUGGCCUCCAGUACCAAGUCGACCACCACUUAUUCCCCAGCCUGCCCCGACACAAUCUGGCCAAGACACACGCACUGGUCGAAUCGUUCUGCAAGGAGUGGGGUGUCCAGUACCACGAAGCCGACCUCGUGGACGGGACCAUGGAAGUCUUGCACCAUUUGGGCAGCGUGGCUGGCGAAUUCGUCGUGGAUUUUGUACGCGACGGACCCGCCAUGUAAUCGUCGUUCGUGACGAUGCAAGGGUUCACGCACAUCUACACACACUCACUCACACAACUAGUGUAACUCGUAUAGAAUUCGGUGUCGACCUGGACCUUGUUUGACUGGUUGGGGAUAGGGUAGGUAGGUCAUACGUGACGAGACUUGGAAUCGAGAGAAUGUUCACUCUCACCUCUUCGUUGACUGGUAUGGUACGUGACAUUUCUACGGUAUUCGAGAGACUCUCUCCCAUGUA